AUGCUGCGUGACCUGUGUCAGAUUUUGGGCAUCUGUGUCAUCACCAUCGCCUUCAACAGCACAUCAGUGUCUAACAUUGAUGCUUCGCUGGCGUAUAACUGCGAUUUAUUUGAAAGUUUCAUCAUGAUAAAAAGAGCAAAUGGAAUGCGCUAUCAAGAUGGAUGGGUAGGAGCGGAAAAUCUGAUGAUGCGCUAUUUCGAUGGAGACAAUUCUGAGAAUAGAAAACUCCCUUUUGGCUGUCCGAUUGUUACCAAAAUCGAUCCUAGUGAGGGGCCAGCCUGCGAGUCUCAACUCACGUUCGCUGCCGCGUUACCGAACAAAUGGACGCAAGUCCCACAGCCAAGAACCGAUGAAUUGACACUUUCCCAAUGGCCGAAGCUCCAUGUCUACGCCAGACCCUUUCUAGGCCCAAACAAUCAGGAAACUUUUCGGCAGGAAUCUCUCAAUUUUGCUGAUUCUCUCAGAACCAUAGGACUGCGUUACCAAACGGAGCCCUACUUUUGGGUUAUUCCCGACCCACCAAACGAACCGGCUGGGAACCUUCAAGUUUGGUUCUUAGUAGAAGAGCCAUAACUGCACCGAAAUGAGUGCCUUGACAUCAUACGAUGGUCUGAAUUCCAUCUUCGAAAAUCUACUGGGCUGUGUUCCUAAUUCCUUCGAACAUUGAUUCAAAACUUUCCAAAUGUUAUGCUUUCGUAUUCUCGUCACAUUUUUCAUUACUGCACCAUUCCUGUUAAUCGUCAAUGCCUGCUUACUCGCUUUGUUUUAGUACCCAUAAACAUUCCUCACAUCUAUAUUGCUGGACCAGGAAGGAAUCCGACCGAUAUCGAUCUGUUCGCGUGUGAUCAAUAGAGUCACUUUAUGUUUGCGAAUCUCACAGCUUUCAUGGCAGAUUUUGUCUCAGAAAACUUUUCUUCAACAAUAUGUGGAAAGGUGCCAAUUAAAUCGCACAACUGGUUUUUGACUUCCUGGUUUGAUUACAUGGUUUGUGCUCUAGUGUGAGCAUUUUACUCCGUGAUCCAAUCAGCACCAAUGACGCACUGUUUGGGUAAAAUAUACGGUAG